AUAUGAAAUCGAUAAUUUCGAAGAGAAGCGCAUCGGCGGCCUGACAAGCAGCAUCAUCCUGGAGUUCAUGAGGAAAGUCGGUAUGGAGGAGAUUGGACUCGCUCCCGCCCCUCUGCAAUUUGACAAGUUAUCUCGUGAAAAUGAAGAAACAGGACUUCUUAAUUUUAGCCACAUAGAUCCUUUACAGUUAAGUGAUGAUGAUUUAUAUGUGAAGCUAAAGCUUCGCAAGACAUUAAAAAAACAAUUGGAAUUCAUCCAGGUUCAGGAAAAAUAUAUAAAGAAUGAGCAAAAAAAUCUUAAAAAAGAAUAUUUGCAUGCUCAAGAAGAGGUUAAGCGCAUUAAAAGUGUGCCCCUCGUCAUUGGUCAAUUUUUAGAGGCAGUAGAUCAAAAUACUGGUAUUGUUGGUUCGACAACAGGCUCCAAUUAUUAUGUGAGGAUUUUGUCCACAAUUGACAGAGAGUUGCUCAAACCUAGCGCAAGCGUUGCAUUGCACAAGCACAGUAAUGCUUUGGUUGAUGUUCUGCCUCCAGAGGCUGACAGUAGCAUUACUAUGCUUCAACCAGAUGAAAAACCGGAUGUGUCGUAUGGAGACAUUGGUGGCAUGGACCUACAAAAGCAAGAAGUUCGCGAAGCUGUCGAAUUGCCUCUUACUCACUUUGAGUUAUACAAACAAAUUGGAAUUGAUCCUCCUAGGGGUGUCUUGAUGUUUGGCCCCCCAGGCUGUGGUAAAACUAUGCUAGCAAAAGCUGUUGCACAUCACACUACUGCAGCAUUCAUUCGAGUAGUUGGCUCCGAAUUUGUGCAAAAGUAUCUGGGUGAAGGGCCGCGCAUGGUACGUGAUGUUUUCCGAUUAGCCAAGGAAAACGCUCCAGCAAUUAUUUUCAUAGACGAAAUUGAUGCUAUCGCUACUAAGCGUUUUGAUGCACAAACAGGCGUUUCCGUCGCUAGGUAUACCCAUCCCCCUUUAAUGCAAUUGCCUAAAUUUGCAUUUAGUUGUGUAUAUAUGCCAAGCAAAAUUUUUUUUAAUUGUAAGAGACCUUAA